AGAGAAGGUUGAAUGAGGGUUGUGUGAGGUGGGCUGUACUUUAACUCGAGCUGUCAUUCUACUUUCUAUCGUUACUUGAGGACUAACCAACACCGUCCUGGAUCCGACCUGCUCUUAAGCGUUUAAGGAGAAUCAGUAAGAAGUAAAAUUACCGGUUCUCUGGCGGUCCGUCCUCGUCAGUGAAAAAGACACAUACCUACUGCAACUGAUGGGAUUCGUUGCGUGGGUCUGUCCGGGGAGACUCAGCUUGGAUUUUAAUCCGACAUGGUGGGUUAACGUUUGAGUGAAACGGAGACCGUCCGGUAAAUUCCUGACAGGAGGAAUGAAUGAUUCCCGCGCGGCGCGUGAGUGAAAAACGCUCGCGUAACUGUUGCUGUGAACGGCGGUCUGCGGGAACAUGAGGAAAGGAAAUAACUGAAAUAAACUGCGUGGGUUGGCAGUAGGCAUUAAGUGAAGAUGCGGAGGCGCUGGUGGCGAUUGGACUGUCUGGGUUCAGCAAUUGCCUUGUUUGUUAUCAUCAGCCAAAUCUCAGCUCAAAACACUGAAGACUGGCACUAUGAGGAGUGUAAAUUGUCACGAUCGGGUCCGCCUGCCACUAUCGUCACCAUUGAUGAGGAAAGUCCGAAUGGUACGAUUUUGGUGGAAAACAUGCAGAUCAACGGUCGAGCUCGGGAUCCAGACAGAACCAUCUCUCUGACACUGCUGGACAACUAUGACUAUUGGGUUAUUCUUGACCCUGCCCUGCAGAGACUGUUCCUCAACAGCACCGGACGUGUGCUGGACCGAGACCCGCCAAGCUCCAUCACUACCAUCGUGGUUCAGAUCCAGUGCACCAAUGAGCUGGUGGGAACGGUUAUUCUGCAUGAAGUACGGAUAGUGGUGAGGGACAGAAAUGACAACACGCCUCGUUUCCAGCAACCUCGUUACUAUGUAUCAGUUAAUGAGCUCACUCCUGUUGGCACCACUAUCUUUACCGGCUUCUCAGGAAACAAUGGAGCCACGGACAUUGACGACGGACCAAACGGACAGAUUGAAUACGCCAUUCAGUAUAACCCAAAUGACCCGAUGUCAAACAGGACGGUGCGGAUUGCUGGGACGCUGUCUGGUAACAUUGUUUUGGCAGAGCGGCUGAACUACGAGGAGAGAACUCGAUAUCUAAUUAUAGUCCAGGCCAAUGACCGGGCUCCAUAUCCAGGAACGCGGCGCACAGCUACCACUACUCUGACUUUGGAUGUUUUGGAUGGAGAUGACCUGGGCCCCAUGUUCCUACCGUGUGUGCUGGUCAACAACACGCAGGACUGUAACCCCGUCACGUACCGAGUGGCUAUUCCUGAGCUCACAGACCCAAACAAGCUGAACCCUCUGAAUGUGACGCCUCCCAUCCGAGCCAUAGACCAGGACAGAAACAUUCAGCCGCCCUCAGAUAGACCUGGAAUCUUGUACUUCAUACUGGUUGGCACACCUUCUACGUACCCAGAGUUCUUCACUCUGAACAGGAGCACGGCUGAGCUGCGGCUGCUGAAGUCUGUGGACAGAGAGCUUUACCAGCGCUUCUCUCUCGUCAUUAAGGCAGAGCAGGAUAAUGGUCAUCCUCUUCCUGCGUACUCGAAGCUGGAGAUCGAAAUUCUGGACGAGAACAACCAGGCGCCGUAUUUCCAGCAGUCUUCGUACCGGGGCUUCGUCAGUGAAUCCUCUUCUGUCGGCACCACCAUCUCAGCCAGCGCCAACCUCACGGCCCCGCUGGCCAUCAUAGCUCUGGACAACGACAUUGAAGAGACUAAAGACCCUCAGCUGAAGAUCACUCUGAAUGAAUACACCUCCAUCUUCACCAUCACUACUAGCGGCAUCACACGAUUCCUGACCCUGCUGAAACCAGUGGACCGAGAGAUACAGACCAACUACACAUUAACGCUGGUGGCGACUGAUGGUGUUCAGCAAAGCAGACCCGUGACGGUGGACAUCCUGGUCAUCGACGCGAACGACAACACACCCACCUUCGCUCAGGUGUCGUACAGUGUGGAGAUCUUCACUAACAUGCUGCCUGGAGAGACCGUCCUGCAGCUGAUGGCUCAGGACGCUGACGCUGGUUUAAACGGCCUCAUCACAUAUGCCAUACUGGCUGGAGAUCACGGGGAUUUCAUCAUCAACAACCGUACAGGACGAAUCACUUUAGCACCAGGGGUCAUGCUGACUGUCGGCCGUUCAUACGCACUGACCGUAAGAGCUGCAGACAAUGCUCCUGACACUGAGAGGAGGAGCUCCAUUACUACGGUUUACAUAGAAGUUCUGCCACCCAACAAUCAGAGUCCUCCACGAUUCCCCUUACAGACCUACAACCUGGAGAUCAGCGAGGCCAUGAGGAUAGGAGCCAUACUGCUCAACCUGCAGGCUACAGACCGUGAGCUGGAUCCAAUCACCUACCGGAUAGAGACCGGUGACCCACAGGAGGUCUUCAACCUUUCACGAACUAUAGGUCUUCUGCUGCUGGCCAAACCUCUGGACAGAGAGACCAUUGACCAGUACCGUCUCAUCGUCACUGCAUCUGACGGCCAUCCAGGAGGGAUUUCCACUGCCACCGUCAGCAUCGUCAUCACAGAUGUUAAUGACAACGACCCCACAUUUGACCUCACUUUACCCAGAAACCUGACAGUGCGGGAGGAAGAGGCCAAUGUGUUUGUGGGUCAAGUCAGGGCCACUGAUCCUGAUGGCGGCCUUAACGGUCAGGUUCGCUACCGGCUGCUCUCCUUUGCGUCUCUGUUCUCCAUAAACUCCACAGGCAGCAUCUUCACUGCCGUCCCGCUGGACAGAGAGACCCGCAGCCGGUACGAUCUGAUCGUGGAGGCGUCAGAUGGAGCGGUGGAUCCACGCAGGACCACCAUCACACUGCUGGUAGAGGUGCUGGACAUCAACGACAAUAGUCCAGUGUUUUCUCAGCCUGUCUACACAGUCAACGUCCCAGAAAACACACCGGCUGGAUCCAUCAUCCUGAGACUCACUGCGGUGGAUGCCGAUCUGGUCUCUAAUGUGACCUACAGGAUAAAAACAGAAGCGGCUCUGCAGCUCUUCGCCGUGAACCGUCUGACCGGCGUCAUAUCAGUCCUGCAGGCGCUAGACUUUGAGUCCUUGGCAGCAGGAAACAGCACCUACACGUUUGAAGUGGAGGCGUUGGAUCACGGUGGAGUCCUGCCUCCAGGAACGGCCACAGUCAGCGUUAGAAUCACGGAUAUGAAUGAUUUCUCGCCGGUUUUCAGACAGGCUCUUUAUAAAGGACUGGUGGCUCCAAAUGCAGAGAAGGGAACAGUCAUCACAACUGUACUAGCAGAAGAUCAGGAUCCUCCGGGUACUCCUGCCAGUAAAGUGCGCUACAGAGUGGAUCAGGAACUGUCUCCUUACAGUGGAAGCAUCUUUGAUGUAGAGACGGACACAGGACUGGUUAUCACCAAAGUCAACCUGAAUGAGCAACCCACCACUGUUUUCAAGCUGGUGGUCAUGGCCUAUGAUGACGGUGAGCCGGUGAAGACGAACAGAACCACUGUGGAAAUCACUGUUCUUCAGCCCUCCAGAAUUCCCAUCUUCACAGAGGAGGAAUAUAGGUUCAGUCCGGUGAGUGAAAACGCACCUAUCGGAACGCCUGUAGGAUUGAUUCUGGCCGCGGCCACCAACACCACUGUGGUUUACUCCAUAGUGAGCGGAAAUGAAGGAGGUGUGUUCACAGUCAAUAAAAGCACCGGGAUCAUCUACACAAAUAAAUCUCUGGACUAUGAGAAUGUGACCAGUUAUGUGCUCCGGGUUCAGGCCGAUUCUCUCACCGUCAUCCUCGCCAACCUGCGCGCCCCCUCCAAAACAAACACAGCCAAGGUAUUCAUCAACGUUCAGGAUGAGAACGAUCAUCCUCCGGUCUUUUCGAGGCAAGUGUAUAUUGGAGGAGUGACUGAAGACACUAAGACCUUCACCACAGUGCUGAAAAUUGUGGCUACAGAUGUUGACACUGGGAACUACAGUAAGAUGGCCUACAGACUGAUCAUCCCCCCCACAACUGAGGGGCAGGACAGUUUUGUGAUUGAGCCCUACACCGGAGUCAUCAAGAGCGCCAUCAUGUUUAGAAACAUGCGCCGGUCCUACUUCAAGUUUCAGGUCGUCGCCACAGAUGACUAUGGAAAGGGGCUCACCAGCAAAGCAGAUGUAGUGGUGUCUGUUGUGAAUGCUCUGGACAUGCAGGUGGUGGUGUCUAAUGUUCCUCCUACAGUGGUGGAGGAGAAUAAAGAACAGCUGAUCAGUAUUUUGGAGCGGUACGUGCAGGAUCAGAUCCCCGGUGCUAAAGUGAUAGUGGAAUCGAUCGGACCGCGGCGGCACGGUGAAGGUUAUGAACUUGAAGACUACUCAAAAUCAGACCUGCAGGUGUACGCCAUCGACCCGCUCACCAACAGAGCCAUCUCCAGACAAGAGCUCUUCAAAUUCCUGGAUGGCAAGAUUCUGGACAUCAAUAAGGAAUUUCAGCCGUAUCUGGGCGAGGGUGGGCGUAUUCUGGAGAUCCGCUCUCCUGAUAUAGUGGCCACGGUGAAGAAAGCAGCGCAGGCCGUGGGCUACACUGAAGGAGCUCUGCUGGCCCUCGCUAUCAUCAUCAUUCUCUGUUGCAUCCCUGCAAUCCUUAUCGUCAUGGUUACUUACAAACAAUUCAAAGAGAGGCAGGCCGAAUGUGCCAAAACUGCCCGUAUCCAGAUGGCACUUCCUGCGGGCAAAUCAACAGGAGGUGGCGGUGGCGGUGGUGGUGGUGGCGGCGGCGGUGGCGGCGCUCAGACCAAUUUGUACGAGGAGCUGGGAGACGGUGGCAUGCUUGGACUACAAAGACGCAGAAGGUCUGUAAUCGAGGAGGCGGACAGACAGAGCCUCAUACGAAACUUCGCCUCGCGUGCCAUUGCUGCUCACAAACAGACCACUGGAAACGGACAGAUGCGCAGCAAGCUUCCCAAAUCAGAAAGCGCCAUCACCUUCCUGUCAGACGAACGGCCACUCACUACUCAAAAUCCCAUUUUCCAGGAUGGCCUAUCUAGUAGUCCGGAACCUAACUUGGAGGUCCGAAGGAUUAGUGGUUUUCUGUACAGUGACCCACCUUCUCCAACAAGCCCCUGUGGUCAAUUCACCUCAUGGUCACUGCCAUCCAGAAUUCGAGGACGAGGAUUUUACAGUACUCUGCGCAGACAAGCUCUCUGGGACCCGGCCCAGUGGGAGGAGCAACAGCUGAAGGCGGAGCUUACAGACAGCAGGGAGGAGCUUGAUGCAGAUCAAAGUGGUCGGAGUACUGAAACAAAACUAUCAGUCAGAGAACAGGCCAGACAGUUUGAGGCUUUGGCUGAUCGAACCCCCAGGCAAAGUCGUGACUCUUACGCAUCUUUGGAUCCUGACGACCCACUGCUGGGCACCAUCAUGCUUUCGUAUAGUACAAUUUCUGUUGGCAAGGACAGCCCGCCAUGCAUUAUCAUAACAGGGGACGAUGGUGAGACUCCUCCUCCACCCACAGCUCAGCGACCGACUCCACCGGUUGUGAGGAAGUUCAGCUCCAGCAUCUCAAAUUACAUGACAGUGGAGCCUUGCGAGAUUUUGUUGGAAUUCAUAUCAGACUUUCCAGGGAGCCCACCUCCAUCCCCUCCAUCUCUUGUCCCAUCACGCUCUUUUCUUUCUCCUCCAUGUCUGGAACUUGACUGUACCCCGCCACCGACCCCACCUCCCAUCCAGUCUCCGGAAAUCCCUGUUCAGUGUCCGACAUUUAAACCGAAAGGCAUCCUGAAGAACUCUGACAGAUUCGGUUGCAGCCCUGAUGUUAAAUAUGACAACAAGAACGAUGUAUAAGCCAGCCAAUCAGAAUCAGACUUUUGUGCUCCGCCCUCAAUCCCAGCAGAAUAAGAGGCCCCGCCCACAUCAGACUUUCUUUUCUGAACUCUGGAACUCUUUUCAUAUUUUCUUUCCCAAACUUUCUCUUUCAUUAUUUACAUUUCCUUGAAUUAUUUGUAGAGCACUUUACUUUGAGAGCACUUUAUAGUAAAUGUAAACAUUGUUUGUGGCCAUUGCUUAAAAGUGCAGUAGGUGAUUGUUUUCAGAACCAUUUUGUGUUGUGCUGGUUGAAAGUCUCUUCACAGUCCAAAAGUAAUGAUUAAAGUAAAUGAUCUAAAUAUGUUAAUAAAUAUUUUUUAAAUUCUGGGUGAGGCGUAAAACUAAAAAAUGUUCAUCCAAUUAAAUAGAGUCGGGCCGACAUCUCUCAUAAUUCCGAUAAGUAGGUCAAAUUGUCUCCGUUUGUACGCAGCUCCACCGACCGGCAUUUUAGGAUUUGAUUAGAUUGAAUUCAACUUUAUUGUCAUUACACAUGUACAAGUACAAUGCAACGAAAUGCAGUUUAGGUCUAACCAGCAGUGCAAUAGCAGCAAGUGCAGGAUACAGGUAUAAGGUAUAAAGUGCAGUUAUA